UAUUCGUUGUCGUGCUUGAAAGGACUGAAGUCUUGCAGCGGUUCAGACUUGAGGAACGGCAACUUACGAUGGCGAGAACUCUUCAUAUGUUUGCUCUUUGCUCUUCCCGGUUCUCUGGACGGAGGCAGCCACUGCGGGGUUGAGCUCACCGCCGACUCAUUUCCCCCCUCCACAACCGGACGAGCCCGGCCGCCAACUCAUGCGAGGGUAGCUCGGAUAUUCAAGGACGUUUUCUUUAAAAAAAAAAAAAACAAAAAAAAAAAAACCCACAGCUUUACUUUGGCCUUUUUUUCUCGGUCGAUUGAGGAAAUCCAACGUGUGGGUACCUCCGGCGCAAUGAUGUGGGCAGAUUUUGUAAACACGAACAGAAACGGCGGUUGAUAUCUUGGUAAGGCUGCUGAUGAUGUUUCCCUCCGUGUCAUCUUUACGUGUCGCACCCCUUCCUCUGCCGAGGGGCCGAGCAAACGCAAAGGAAACCAGUCGCUGACUUCGGUGCGUCCCUGUCAGUUAUGGCAUCGUUUCCCGACCUGAGCGAGUCGCAGGGUGCUUGAAGGGAACCCGGAGGAAAGGAGACACCCCCAAAACCCGGUGAAAAAGGCCCAUGAACUGUGAAUUAAUGAGUGCUGGAGCGCGGUGAAGCCAGCGGUGCAUCAGAGCUGUGCAUCAGGUCCAGGAACCAUCAAUGUGGACUUCAGCUGGUGAUUUGACGAAUCACAUAUAGGAGCACCCGGAGUCUCUCCUUUCCCCUCUCCCCCUCCCUUCCCUCUGUCCCUCCCUCCCUUGUUCCCUUGUCAAUCUUCUCCCUGAUCCCCUUUUUCCCCCUUCUCCAAAAUUCACCAUGCUUAUCAAGGAGUACCGCAUCCCCAUGCCCAUGAGUGUGGAAGAGUACCGCAUCGCCCAGCUCUAUAUGAUUCAGAAAAAGAGCAGAGAAGAAAGCUGUGGUGAAGGUAGUGGGGUGGAGAUCCUAGAGAAUAAACCCUACACAGAUGGACCGGGUGGGACAGGCCAGUACACCCACAAGGUCUACCACAUUGGCAUGCACAUUCCCAGCUGGUUCCGCUCCAUCUUGCCCAAAGCAGCGCUGAGGGUUGAGGAGGAGUCCUGGAAUGCCUAUCCUUACACUCGGACUAGAUACACCUGUCCCUUUGUGGAGAAGUUCUCCAUUGACAUUGAGACCUACUACAAACCUGACACUGGAAAUCAAGCUGAAGUCUUCAACAUGUCGGUAGCAGAGAAGAGACAGAGGACCAUUGAUCCAAUCGACAUUGUGACAGAUCCCAUCCCCCCUCAUGAGUACAAAGCAGAAGAAGAUCCAAGGCUUUACAAGUCAGUGAAGACCCAGAGGGGUCCUCUGCAGGACGACUGGAUAGAAGAGUACAACAAUAACCCAGGGAAGACCCCCAUUAUGUGUGCCUACAAACUCUGCAAGGUGGAGUUCCGUUACUGGGGCAUGCAGUCUAAGAUUGAACGCUUCAUUCAUGAUGUUGGCCUGAGGAAGGUGAUGGUGCGUGCCCACCGGCAGGCCUGGUGCUGGCAGGAUGAAUGGUAUGGUCUGACCAUAGAGGACAUCAGGCAGCUGGAGCUGGAGACCCAGCUGGCCCUGGCCAGGAAGAUGGCCCAGUUUAGCCAGGCAGAGGAGGCUACCGAGGCCAACGGUGGCGCUCCGUCUCCAGACAAAGAUCAGGAGGUUAAAGAGGCCAUCAGCUCUAUUGAAGCUGAGGAAGUGGUCGCCAGCUCAGGAGGAGACACUCUCCAGCCACGAGGUGUACUCACCAAGCAGUGGUCCACAUCCUCCCGAUCCUCCCGCUCAUCCAAGAGAGGAGUGAGCCCGUCACGUCACAGCAUCUCAGAGUGGAGGAUGCAGAGCAUAGCGCGAGACUCAGACGACAGCUCCGAUGAGGAGUUCUUCGAUGCUCAUGAAGAUUUCUCUGACGGUGAAGAGGUCUUCCCGAAGGAAAUUGCUAAAUGGAACUCCAACGACCUCAUGGACAAGAUUGAAGCCGCAGACACGGAGGAGACUCCCGGUGAGCUGUUCAAGGAAAUGACCGUGGAUUAUGAAAGAGCGGCCAGUGAGGAAAGACUAGAUGAGAUACGAGAAUCUCUUAGUGGCCAAGCUGAUAGCUCUCCUAUUCCCACCAUCAUGGUAACAAGGCACCAGUCAGAGAGCUCGUCCCAACAGUGUCUGCAGCCUUCCAAGAUCCAUGUGCUGAUCUUGGUCCUGCAUGGAGGGAACAUCCUGGACACAGGCGGUGGAGACCAGAACAGCAAGCAGGCCGACGUCAACACGAUUAGCACGGCUUUUGACACAGUCAUGCGUGUUCACUACCCUGCUGCUCUGGGACGCAUCGCCAUCCGCUUGGUGCCCUGCCCUGCCAUCUGUGCUGAGGCCUUCUCCCUAGUGUCCAACCUGAACCCUUACAGCUACGAUGAGGGUUGUCUGUCCAGCAGUCAGGAUCACAUCCCGCUGGCAGCUCUGCCCCUGCUGGCCACCUCAGCUCCACAGUACCAGGAAGCUGUGGCCACCGUCAUCGUCCGAGCUAAUCAGGUGUACGCUGAGUUCAUAAAGUCUCUGGAUGGGGCUGCCUUCUCUGGCCAGGUUUGCCUCAUCGGGGAUUGUGUGGGAGGAAUCUUGGGAUUUGAUGUUCUGUGCAGCAGCAAUCAGACAGUAAACGAAAGCCAGAACAGCAGUCGCAGGGGCAGCGUCAUCAGUGUGCAGGACCAGGACCUGCUCUCUCCUGGCAUCAUCGUCAACAGCGGACAUGGAUCAGCGUCUCCAACCUUGGAGGGCAGCCGUCACCUCAGCCGCAGUAACAUCGACAUCCCUCGUGCCGGCGCUGGUGACGACACCAAGAGACAAUUGCCACGCAAGAGAAGCGACUCCUCCACCUACGAGAUGGACACAAUAAAACAACACCAGGCUUUCCUGUCCAGCUUACACUCCAGUGUCCUGCGGAACGACGCAGCCUCACGCAGGUCAAGCAGCAGCACUAUGCUGGAUGGAGGCUCCCUAGGGAAGUUUGACUUUGAGGUGUCAGACUUUUUCCUCUUUGGCUCUCCUUUGGGAUUGGUACUGGCCCUCAGAAAGACUGUCAUUCCUAUGUUGGACGUGGCCCAGCUGAGGCCUGCCUGUCAGCAGGUGUAUAACCUGUUCCACCCGGCCGAUCCCUCUGCCUCCCGCCUGGAGCCUCUACUGGAGAGGAAAUUUCAUCUCCUCCCUCCCUUCAACGUGCCCCGCUACCAGCGGUUCCCCCUGGGAGAUGGAAACUCUGCCCUACUGGUGGAGACAGUCCAGAGCAACGCUCAGCUGCUACUUGACAGCGGGCCUCCUCUGUUCCUUCGCUGUCAGGAGACCAUCAGUGAGACCUGCAUCCCUGUACCUGUGCUAAACUGGCAGGAGGGCUCCUUCAAAGCCACACCCACCACUAUGGAGUCGGAUGUUGUUCAGUCUCAUGGUGGUGUCUUCAUGGACAGUUCGUACCCCUCAUCCCCCGUAACGGGCCCCCUCUCCCGGGGCCAGCGGAGGGCCAGUGAGGUCAGCAUUGCCAGCCAGGUCUCAGGAAUGGCAGACAGUUACACUGCCACCAACAUAGCCAACACCAAAUCAUGCCAGGUUAACCAAUCCAAAACGUUCAGUUUUUUGUCCCAACUGGCCCUAUCAUCACAAAACAAAUACUUCCUGAGAAGUCCUCCUAAGUCCCGUAAGAAAGCAGAGGCUUACCAGGCUGCAGGAUCUCCUGAUGCAUCUCCUGAUGCAGAUCUAGCAUCAGAGCUGGAUGGUGACGCAGACUCUAGUGAAGGUCUGAGUCCCACUGACCAGUACGACAACUGCCUGUCGGCGGGGCUGGACUGUGCUAUAUCUGAUCUGGUCUCACUGGACUCCCAGGCUGAAGUGGAGCAAGUUGCAGCACGUUGGUGGGGCACAAAGCGGCUGGAUUUUGCCCUGUACUGCCCCGAUGCUCUGACCGCUUUCCCCACAGUGGCUCUACCACACCUCUUCCACGCAUCAUACUGGGAGUCUACUGAUGUUGUGUCUUUUCUCCUGAGGCAGGUCAUGAGGCACGAAAACUCAAGUAUUCUGGAGCUCGACGGGAAAGAAGUGUCUGAAUUCACCCCUUCUAAACCUCGAGAAAAGUGGCUGCGCAAGAGGACUCAUGUUAAGAUCAGGAAUGUGACCGCCAACCACCGGGUGAACGAUGCCGUGUUCACUGAGGACAGCCAGCAGCUUGUGACAGGUCGCUUCAUGUACGGCCCUCUGGACAUGGUCACUUUGGCUGGAGAGAAGGUUGACCUCCACGUCAUGACCCAGCCUCCAUCAGGAGAAUGGGUUUACUUCAACACAGAGGUGACCAACAGUAGCGGACGAGUGUCUUUUGUCAUCCCAGAGGACAGGCGUCUGGGCAUCGGAGUUUACCCGGUUAAAAUGGUCGUCAGGGGUGACCACACAUUUGCAGACAGCUACCUGACAGUUAUUCCACGUGGCACAGAGUUUGUGGUGUUCAGCAUCGAUGGCUCGUUCGCUGCCAGUGUGUCGAUCAUGGGCAGUGAUCCUAAAGUGCGGGCUGGAGCCGUGGACGUUGUCAGACACUGGCAGGAUUUAGGCUAUCUGAUCAUUUACGUGACCGGACGUCCAGACAUGCAGAAGCAGCGGGUGGUGGCCUGGCUGUCUCAGCACAACUUCCCUCAUGGCAUUGUUUCCUUCUGUGACGGCCUGGUGCACGACCCGCUCAGACACAAGGCCAACUUCCUCAAGUCCCUUACAGAGGCUCACAUGAAGAUUUUCGCUGGCUAUGGAUCAACCAAAGACAUCUCAGUCUACACCUCCAUUGGCCUCCCUCCUUCCCAAAUAUAUAUCGUUGGGAGACCCUCUAAGAAGAUGCAGCACCAGUGUCAGUUCAUCACAGACGGUUACGCAGCUCAUUUGUCCCAGCUGGAGUACAACCACCGUUCUCGGCCCGCCAAGUCCAGCAGUGCACGCAUGGUGCUUCGCAAAGGCAGCUUCGGCCUGGGCGCAAACAGCGACUUCCUGAGGAAGAGGAACCAUCUGUUGCGCACCAUCUCCUCCCAGCCGGCCCCGAGCUCCCCGACAGGCAGCAUCCACAACAGACCUGAGCGCACACAGAGCCAGUCGGACAGCGAGCGUCUGGAACGGGAGCGUCUGGAGCGAGCUCACAGCCACAGCCAGGGAGCGACGCAGCGCAGCAUGAGCAUCACAGCGAGCUGCUGGGGCCGCAGCAGCAGCACCAAGCUGGAACCAGGACUUUUCAGCCCAAAAUGAGAUUACAGAGACAAUGUGAGACAGCCUUCGGGAGAGUGACUUACAGAGACAAAUGACAUAAAGAUAAAGAGUGAAAAACAGCUGGCUCGCACCAGAUGGGUAAAUACUACAAGGAAAAUCAGGUGCUACAAACCACUCUUUAUAAAACUAGCCAGUCACACUCCACACAUAUAAUCAUGGACAGAUUCUGUGGCUAUAUUCAUUUUAAAAACAGGCAUUUCAAAAAGCGUUCCCUGAAAAUGGGAAAAUGCACACAACCAGAUUUAGCUCAUAUUGUAGGGAUCCAGACUGUUUCUACUGUUUAGUAAAUCUCUAUCAAUCUUGAAUACAAGGUCAGUUUUCCUCCAACAGGCUUUUAGAUUGGAGACAGUUACACAUAAAAGCACCCACCUGCUGAAUUCUGCAGCAAACAAACACAAAGUAGUUACAGACAGCUUGAGCUGCUCUGUAACUGACUAAUGUGGCCAAUGCAAGCACAACAUUUGCUACGGAGACAACUUUGUGUACAGUAGUUUUAAAGCUAUGUCCUUUUUAAUGUGAUGAUCAGGGAUGUUCUGGUCUGAGAGUGAAGCUGAGAAUCAGGUGAAACUGGACUAAAUGUGUCUCUACAUAGAAGUAGUCACAAAACCACACUUAAUCAGCGUCCGAAUCAUUUAUGAGAACGUUGUUCUACGAGACAUUAUCUGAUCAAGAGCUACAACAGUAUAGAUUAAAAGUCAGCCACACGGUCCAGGUUUGCUUGUUUUCCACUCGGCCCUCAGGCACAAAGAAUCAUCCAAACAUCACAUGAAGCAAACUGCGAAUUUUCCCUUUAAACUACGGUUGCAGCUGAAACUGUUCCUGUGCUUUUAUAGCAUUUCACCACAUCGCACCAUACUGUGCUGCUGAAAAAAGUAACUCAGCUACGGGGAAAACUGCUACUGCUGUACAGUUAAUGUGCCAAAGUAAACAGUAUAGAAUGAUAUGCUGUAAAUGAACAGAGAGGAAAAGAAAAAGAAAGAUCUCCUGUGUAAAAAAAAAAAAUGGAAUAGAUUGUGUAAGUAUGUAGUUGAAUGCCUUAACAAGGCUUGUACAUAAUUGUUACAUUACAGUGCAGAUCUGGUAUCUGGUCCACCGAAGACCAGUUUCAAGUGUCUUCUUUACUCUGGGGGUAAACACCAACUCAUUCAGGAUAUACUUUAUUGAUUGAUGAUGAUAAUAAUUGUUAUUUAAAACUAUAGAACUUUUAGAAAUGUACUGAUUUUGUGAACAAAGCGUGUUUUAAGAUUACUUUAGCUACGUUGUUUUUUUGUUUUUUUUUCUUCAAACUUCAGUUGCAGCAGCCAAAACUCAGAGGUCUUUGCCUGGCACAGUAUUGUAUUUUUAUUAUUUUAUCUUGCAGAUCACCAGAGUUGUAUCAACAGAACUGCUAUCUUGUGUCAUAUAUUGUAUGUUUGUUAUUAACUAUUUUGGAAAAUUUGGGAUAUAGCUUCUCUUUGGUUAUCCCUAAGCUGUAAAUGAGGCGUUGAAUGUGCUCAUAGAUAAUCCUCCUUAGGUUAAGGUCUCUUUCUCUGUUCUGCUGCGCCUUUAGAGGAAGAAAAUGUGCAAAUUGUAAAUUCUGUACAAUAUGCUGUCGAAAGUAGGAACACAUAGUUAAGACUUACUUUACGCCACCGGCCAUUUAUUUCUAAAAAUGGGUGAAAUUUUGUGUUUAUUUGUCCCUCUAAUAGACGUGUACAGAGCUGACUGCAAUGGACCAAUAUGGGCUCAAAUGUAAGGGGAAACGUGCAAUAUUAGUUAGCCGUACCACCAGAUCAAACGGACUGUUGAGGAAGCGUCACAGUGCAAUGACAAUCAGUUGAUCGGACACACAUUCUACAGACGUCAAACUGCAGAAGGUUUCUCCACGUGUUUCCCAGGUACACGUUUAACAAAGGUUUCUCACAUUCAAGUGCCACUGACCUGAUAAUGGUUUGGAAUAUUACAGUUUCCUCCGGUGGAAAGAUCCUCAGUCUUGGUUUCAACGUUGAAAAGUCAGUUGCCAGAAUAUCUGGUCCACCUUGCUGAAAAUAAUGCAGUUCAAUAAACCAUCCUGGCAAUAAAACUUGGUGAAGGAUAUAAUGUUCGGUUUCUGUCUGUAGAGAGAUUCAGAUGAAUGGUCGUUCUGGAGGCUGCAGUUUGUGGUGCUGUUGAAUUGUAUUGUGUUACGCUGAGAUGUGUUUCGAAUAUUUCAUUGAGAGUAGAAGACAUUAUCGGACAUCCUAGUUCAAAAAAGCUGUUACGUCUUAAUCAGGGCAGUUUCUUGUCAUCCUGCUGAAGGAGGGUGUAACUCAGAAACACUGUACUACUGUCUCUCUGCAUUUUGACUGUCAAGAUUCGGUUUGAACUCCUCUAGGAGUUGCUGGGUAAAGAAUGGCUGUUUGUACAUUUAUAGAAAUGAAGAAGAAAAUGACAGGCGAUGCUGGAAACUCAUGUUACGCUGGCAACUACUGAACCAUAUUCCCUGGUCUGAAUUGGCUGGAUAUUAAAAUCCAGAGAAUGUAAAAGAUGAAGCGGUGAUCUGUGAAGUUUGGAUACCUCUGGGCAGACAAUCGCUUCUGCUACUGACACACAUUACCAGAGGCCUUACACUUGCUUUGUCUGCCUUACAUUGACCAUUGUGUUGCAAGGCCUAGAAUGAACACUGCUCACACCCCAACUGACUUCAUGGAGAGGGAUAGACUGUUGACUUUGUGGAAAUAGGAAGAGGCCAUAUUUCUUUAAAAGCUUUGGUGCAUUUUACCUGUAAAGGAGAAAUACAAAGGAGAACUCUGUUUGACAUUUUUCACCAACAUUAGGCAACCCAUCGCUGUGUCAAGCUCUGCUCCCCGGGUACUGCAAUGUCAUGACUUUUUCAUCAACAGUUAGCAUUUAUAGGUCGUGUAUAUAAACCAGAAAUGGGUGAAUCAUGCUUGGAAAAUAUUUUAAUUGUACAGGGUGUGUAUCUUGUAGGUUUUGGAUAAUGUCAUUUUAUCCAUUCCCUUGUGUUUUUAUGUACAGUGUAUAAAGAAUAUAUAAAGAACAACUAAGAAA